CAGAGCAGGUAGAGAAGUGUAGGGAACAGAGAGAGAGGGAAGGGUUAAAGGCAUUAUCGCAGCCAUUAGAGGGAAAAGUUGAAGCAGUACAAGCACAGUAGAGUUCUCUCUCUUCCCCCCUCCCCCCUUCUCUCCCCCACUCCCCUCUUCUCGAGCUGUAUCAGUGUGUAGGGAGGGCAGUCAUCACGCCAUCCUGAGCAGCAAGAGCUGACGUUGGCCGAAGCUGCCAGGUAGCUGAAAAAAGGCACAGAAGGCAGCUGAUACCCACUUUUCAACGGUUUGGGUUUUUUUGUGUGUUUUUUUUUUUUUUUUUUUAGUCUGAAUCUGGACUUCAAGCAACACAGCGCCUGAGACGGCUCAUCUGAACCACACUAUAUUGCAAUACUCCCUCUUCCCAAAGAAAAAGACUCCACUGAGUAGCAGAAUGCUGCCAGUGUUGCAGCUAGGGCUACAAUACAGAGCUUUUUUGUAACAUCUCUCUGUUCACGUAUUUAGAGAUACAUACACACACUCAUAUAUCAAUUCUUCCUUUUUUGAGGGCACCUUUGGCUUUUAUUACCCUGAUGUGACUUCUUCUUCGUCUUGGAAUGAUGGGGAUCUUUCUAGCUUAUGUUGGAUUCAUUUUCUUUUCAGUUAUGUAUAUUCAACAAGGACUUUCUACCCAAGCAAAAUUCACUGAGUUUCCCCGAAAUGUCACUGCCACUGAAGGGCAGAAUGUGGAGAUGUCUUGUGCUUUCCAAAGUGGCUCCGCUUCAGUGUACCUUGAAAUUCAGUGGUGGUUUCUGAGGGCGGCUGAGGACCAAGAGGCUGGAGCUGAGGUGACAGGCACUCAGGUGGAGCUCCUGCCCGAGCGGGACCUGGACAGCGACGGCACCAAGAUCAGCACAGUGAAAGUACAAGGGAAUGACAUCUCCCACAAGCUUCAGAUUUCAAAAGUGAGGAAAAAGGAUGAAGGCUUGUAUGAGUGCAGGGUGACCGAUGCCAACUAUGGAGACCUUCAGGAAUACAAGGCCCAGGCGUUUCUCAAAGUCAAUGCUAACAGCCACUCUCGGCGAAUGCAAGCCUUUGAGGCAUCUCCAAUGUGGUUGCAAGACAUGAAACCUCGCAAAAACAUCUCAGCAGCUGUUCCAAGUAGCAUCCAUAACUCUGCCAAUCAGCGUGUGCGUGCCACCUCCAGCCCUGAAGCAGCAGCCAAAAUUCCCAAACAAAGUCCACAAUCAGGUGCGAGGAUAGCUACAAGCCAUGGACUUUCUGUCCUGCUUCUUGUUUGUGGCUUUGUGAAGGGUGCUUUGCUUUAAUCUAAAAGUGCUGACUUUUUCCAAUAUCACUUUCUCUUCUUAAAGCAAAGAGCAAAUCGCCUGUAAAAUCCAUGGAGCGGACAGCAAAGUUGACCCUAACCUCCAACCACCACUCUGCACCCAAUGUACUCUAAAUCUCUACACAAGGAGCACCUUCUUCAGGAAGUACAAACAAAAUUACUAAAUAAAUAAAAUAAAUAAAUAUUAUAAAAAGAAGAGGAUACCACA